AUGACGGAAUCCCAUCACAUCGUCGAGAUUCCAGUCGACAACGAAGAGCAGAGGCAGCUCCUCGUCGUUGCGACGGCGAUCCAGAACCACCCGCUGACGGAGAUCUCCCGCAGCCCGGGGCAUUUGCUCCUCCUGAAGCUGUGGCAGAGGGAAGAGGAUCUCAGCGGGCGGCGGAUCGCCGCCAAGGAAUCGCGACUCGAUUCGAUCAAGCGAGAGAUCUUCCAGCUCUGCUCCUUCUUCCUAAUCUUCCACGGACUCUUCUUCACCAUACUCUUCACUUCUUCUUCUUCAUCUUCUGGAGAGGGGAAGUGCGGGAAAUGGUGGGUACCAGGGGUAGUUUCCUUGUGCACCUCACUCGUGUUUGUGUGGUUGGUACAGGUGCAGCUGUACAGGUACUGGAAGGUGUGGAAGAGAGUGGGGAGGGAGCGGUGUGACGGGCGGGCGGUGGCGAGGUGUAUUCAGGAACUGAGGAUGAAAGGCGGGAGCUUUGAGCUGGGGAAAGAUCCCUACUGCACCGGCGGCAAGAAGAUGAAGAGUUCAAGUGUGGAAAUUAAGUGGAAGCCGGUGACUUGGGUUUCCCAGAACUCAGUAGCAAUCGGUUUGCUUUGCUUUGCGGGGUUGGCAGUUUUGGCUUCAAGAUUAGUUCUUUGCGGCGGAUUUUAG